AGGACCCGGAAGUGAGGGUGUGCGAGGCCUCUCUGGAAGUUGUCCCGGGUGUUCGCCGCUGGAUCCCGGGUCGAGAGGGCGAGGUGCCGCUGCCCGGAGAAUCCUCCGCCGCGCCGGCUCCGGGAGCCUAUCCCUUUCCUAUCCCAACCUCACCCAGCCCAGUCCCAGCUGCCAACGCCUGUCCCUGCUGCGGACCCCAGCGUUACCAUGAAUCCUGCCGUCUUCCUAUCUUUACCCGACCUCAGAUGCUCCCUGCUGCUCCUGGUAACUUGGGUUUUUACUCCCGUAACAACCAAAAUAACAAGUCUUGAUACAGAGAAUAUAGAUGAAAUUUUAAACAAUGCUGAUGUUGCUUUAGUAAAUUUUUAUGCUGACUGGUGUCGUUUCAGUCAGAUGUUGCAUCCAAUUUUUGAGGAAGCUUCUGACGUCAUUAAGGAAGAAUAUCCAAAUGAAAAUCAAGUUGUUUUUGCCAGAGUUGAUUGUGAUCAGCACUCUGACAUAGCCCAGAGAUACAGAAUAAGCAAAUAUCCAACCCUCAAAUUGUUUCGUAAUGGAAUGAUGAUGAAGAGAGAAUAUAGGGGUCAGCGAUCAGUGAAAGCACUCGCAGAUUACAUCAGGCAACAGAAAAGUGACCCCAUUCAAGAAAUUCGGGACUUAGCAGAAAUCAACACUCUUGAUCGUGGCAAAAGAAAUAUCAUUGGAUAUUUUGAGCAAAAGGAUUCAGACAACUAUAGAGUUUUUGAACGAGUAGCAAAUAUUUUGCAUGAUGACUGUGCCUUCCUUUCUGCAUUUGGGGACGUUUCAAAACCAGAAAGAUACAGCGGAGACAACAUAAUUUACAAACCACCAGGGCAUUCUGCUCCAGAUAUGGUAUACUUGGGAUCUAUGACAAAUUUUGAUGUUACUUAUAAUUGGAUUCAAGAUAAAUGCGUUCCCCUUGUCCGAGAAAUAACAUUUGAAAAUGGAGAAGAAUUGACAGAAGAAGGACUGCCUUUUCUCAUACUCUUCCACAUGAAAGAAGAUACAGAAAGUUUAGAAAUAUUUCAGAACGAAGUAGCCCGACAAUUAAUAAGUGAAAAAGGUAGAUCAAUUAAGGUGUUUAUUUUCAUCCUUUCUUUCUCUUUUUUCUCAUUCUCCCCCUCCCUUCCCCUUUUAAAUUCAUGUCCACAUAAACAUAUAUGGGUAGAAUUUGCCCAUGCUUUGUCAGAAGUUCUUAUUUGUUCAUCCAGUAAUCCUACCUUAUUGGAUACAACUCAAGGAAAUAAUUACAAAGAAAAAAUCCUGAUCCAUGACAUCUGGUCAGGGAGAAUUCCUGGGAAACUAAAGCAAUUUGUUUUUGACUUACACUCUGGAAAACUGCACAGAGAAUUCCAUCAUGGACCUGACCCAACUGACACAGCCCCAGGAGAGCAAGCCCCAGAUGUAGCAAGCAGUCCACCCGAGAGCUCCUUCCAGAAACUAGCACCCAGUGAAUAUAGGUAUACUUUAUUGAGGGAUCGAGAUGAGCUUUAAAAACUUGAAAACCAAUUUGCAAGCCUUUCAACAGCAGCAUCAACUUACGUGGUGGAAAUAGUAAACCUAUAUUUUCAUAAUUCUAUGUGUAUUUUUAUUUUGAAUAAACUGAAAGAAGUUUUGGGUUUUUAAUUUUUUUUCUCCCCGAUUCAAAAUGCAUUGUCAUUUAAUAUAGCCUCUUCAAAAAAAUCUGCUAGGGUUAUAAAAAUAAAAAUCAGAGGCCUGUCUCCAGUUAAAAUCUGUCCUGUAAAGUUUUUAUAAAACAAGUCAAAGGUAACAGUGCCAGAAACAUAUUAUUAACUUGCACUCGGGUACGGAGCACUUAGGGAUGUGUAGUAUGUGCUUUUCUUUCUACUCUUAUCAUAUGAUCAAUUCUGUUGAUAUUUUCAGUAUCACAUUUCUCAAAGCUAAGGGUAUAUAUAUUCUGGAUACUUGGGAGGGGAAUAAAUUAAAAUUUUACACUG